UUUGUUCUUGGUAUAAGCUUUUGUGUGUAUCUGAAGAAGUGUGCAUGCACACGAAAGCUUAUACCUCGAACAAACUUAGUUGGUCUUUAAAGUGCUACUGGACAAUUUUAUUUUUUAUUUUUAAAUAUUUUCUUUCUAUGCCAAUAAAGGAGACUGAUUGAUUGAUUGAUUGACCAGGAACAAGACCAAAAUAGCACCAUUGGUUAGACUCGUGGUACUGAUAAUGCCAAAAUUUUAAGUUUGACCCCCGUAAGGGACAGCUGCAUAUCCCUCUAUUGCAGGGGGUUGAACUACUAGAAGGUCCUCAGGGUCCCUGUCAUAGUGGAUAGUUCAAUAAAGUUGUCAACUGAGUGUGCAGCUACUGUGAAAGGGGCAAGUUCCAUGUUAGAGGUAGUUAGGAAAAGAACUGAAAAUCAAAUGACCAGUAUCGUAAUGCCCUUACAGUCAUACCUCAUGAUACAUCCACUUAAUGUUGUGUCUUUUCAGGUUACGGACGCGCCGAACCUGGAAGUCCCGGAACGGGUUACUUCCGGGUUUGGCACGUCCAUAGCCUGCGCGCAUGUGCAGAAGCGCUACAUUGCAUCAUGCGUGUGCACAAAUGCGGUGCUUCAUGUUGCGGCGGCCUUUUCAUGUUGCGAACGGGCCACUGGAACGGAUCCCGUUCGCAACAUGAGGUACCGCUGUAUACAAAUCUAUGGUGUGACUGCAUUAAGGAUUUAAGUUUUUCUAAAAAGGGAACAAAGAGAAAAGAUAUUAGAGCCUGGUGCAAAAUCCCAGGGACUCAACCCCUCCCCCCUUGGACACCCCCUAACAAUGUCCAUGGCCCUAUCAAGAUAGGCUGAAGCCAAGUUUGUAGAGAGCAGCAAAAUAAGGAACAGGCAGAUCUGAUUCCCUUGGUCUCAGUAUACCAGGAAGGCCCCACUGAAAUCAACAAGGGCCCCACUGAAAUUCAUUGUUCAGAAAAUGUUAUUUUCUCACAAAGGAGCAUCAGUUAGAGAAUAGAGGCUACAAACACACAUGUACCUUACUUGAGCUUAUUGGAAGUUCCCAGCAGAAUCAAGAGAUGAUGGAAUUGGCAAUAUGUGCAAGGGAUUGGAAAACUAAAGAAGUACUGUACAGUACAUUGAUGCGUGCGCAUGAUGCAUUAUGCAGCACCGACAGAAGCUACUCAAGGGCAAACCUAGGAUAACCCCCGCAUUAAGUUUAAUGCCUGACAUUAUGCAUGGAAUUUUAAGAUUGCAAACUUCAUCCAGCUUGGAGUCACAGAAGUUUUUGCAUCUGCUGCCAAAAAGCAGGUGAUGAUGUGCUUACUAGAAGAUUGGCACCCCCAAUGAAUCUGGCAGGACAAGCCUCAUAGUUGGCAGAGGACAAGCCUCAUAGUUAAGACGACGAGAGCUUAAAGCUGUGAAAGCGGGGUAGUAAGAGUUUGUCCCUCCCUAUACAUCGCGGCCUUCUGCCCAGCAGGAUAAAUAAGAUGGGGAGUGUUGAUGGCAAGUUUCUUGGGAUAGGCUUCCCAGACUCUCGCCAUUUUUCAGGUGGGGUUCGAGCACAUUUGGCAUGUGCAGUUAAAGUGGAUUUGGCACUCCUGUGCAACAAACUAGAAAACUCAAAGAAAAAAAGGGGGGGGAGAAAUGAAUCUGAGAGGGCCAGGAUGUCGCGAGUUGUUUAAAGCAGAAAAGUCUCUCAACCUGGCGCCAAAAGGAUGGCAAAGGUGGUGCAAGGUAAGCAUCCCUGGGAACCAAGGAGCCAUGACUGAAAAGCCCCUCUGGGUAGCUGCCACACUUUGUUUGGCAGGGGCACCCAGACCUAUGAAGGAGAUCUUAAGGUUUGGCUAAUCCCCCUUUAAAGCUGUUAAGCUAAUGGCCCUCACAAACAGUGGUGCAGUGUGGUAAUUUUAGACUCUGGAAAUCUGUUUUGAAUGCAGGCUCCAGGUUCAGUCCCUGCCAUCUGGUAGACGGGCCAAUGAUCUGACUCAGUACAAAGCAGCUUCCUGUGUUUUAAUGAUGGUCAUGGGUUCAUUUGCUUCCCAAUGUGACAGCUCUGCUGAUUUUUUUUUGGGGGGGGGGCUCUUGCUCAUUCUGCUGAGUGGGGCUCUGGAGACCUGCCCCCAAAUCCUUUCCAUAGACUUAUCCAUACUUACCUUUUCAAGGCUCAUUCCAGGCAUAGGUCGGUACUUAAAAAGUUCCUUGUGGAUGGUUUUUCUUCCCUUCUUUUCUUUUUUUUGCCCCAGGGCUUUCCCCAUGGAAACUUGUUCUUUAGUACUCAAUAGGAGCAAAUGUCAAUUCGGGUUUUCUGAACUUUAAAUAGCGGGGCUUUUUGUUUUUGUGAGGAAAGGUAAGUGUGGAUAAAGCUUCGCUUCACAACACGCUGGAAUAGUGCAUUCCAUGUUGGCAAGUAGGCUCUCUCAGUUGCUGCACCCCAAAAUGUGAGAAAUGUUGUCUCUCCUAAAUCAAUUACAACUUUGCUAAAAAAGAUGCCAGGUGCAAAAUAUUGGAUGCUGUCACUGUUUACACAUGCCAUGCAACAGUAGGCCUUCAGCAGCCUCUGCCAUGUGGCAGCCGGGGUCUGGCAGGUGCACCUCAUAGUGACUGCCUGGGGUGGCUUAUGCGGUUGGGCAGGCUCUGGUUGGCAAGGAAGGCAACAGUCCUCUCUCAUUGAUGGUGGCAAUCAGAGAUACACUGAGAUUCAGUAAACUUGAAGAUCCAUUUAGGUAUCUGACAGGCCUCUCCUCUCUGUGGAUAUGCCAUUUGAUAAGGCAGUGCUGGGCUUGAGGAAUCCAAAGUCUGACUUGGUAAAUUCCAGCUGCUUCAGUUUAACUCAGCCCUUUGUUCAUAACUCUGAGGACCAUGUCUUGCCCAGGACAUCUACCAAGGAGUGUGGUGGAGUCUCCUUCUUUGGAGGUCUUUAAGCAGAGGCUUGACAGGCAUAUGUCAAGAAUGCUUUGAUGGUGUUUCCUGCUUGGCAGGGGGUUGGACUGGAUGGCCCUUGGGGUCCCUCCCAACUCUACGAUUCUAGGAUUCUAUCUUGCUGCUCAAGGCAAAAUGCCAGAUGCUGCCACCUCCCCCUUCCACACAUGGAAGCUGACCAGACUGGCAGUCGAAACGGAGGCUUAGUCACACCUGAUUUUUAGCACUGCAUCAGAACAAAUGGCAACUGGGUUUUCUGUGGAUUGCAGUUUGUUACAAUCUAUAGGUAAAGAAUGAGUUUUCCAGGGGGGAAGCAGUAGAGCAAAGGCAAAACUGCUCGGACCUGUGUCCAGAAGGUGCAGGACAAGUGGACAUGUGGAUGAGCCCUUGCUUCCCCAUUCUCAUAUCGGGUGUCUCCAAUGACACCUGAGGACGGGAGCCUAGUUUAGGGGGUGCAGGACAAGCCAGGUGGAAGUCACAACUCCACCCAGGACACCUUACUCUCCAGUAUCCACUGACAGAGGCAACUGCUUUCCUCUGCCUAAUGAUAAGGCUGGUCCUGAGGAGGACUGUAAUCUAACUUUAUUGGGAAACAGCUGUGGCUCAGUGCAGAGCACCUGUUUUUCUUGCACAAGGCCCCAGGUUCAAUCCCAGACACCUCCAGGUAGGGCCAGAAGCACCCUCUACCUGGAACCUUGCCUGCUUGGCUUAUGUUGUUUUAAAAACCUGCCUCUAGGCCCUCAACCAUUGAAAUGAAUGACCCUAAAUUAGCCAUGUUCAUAAACUUCAGGUGUGUGUGGCAUUCUGUGUUGCUCAUACACACACAGCCCUGCAAUCUAGGCAUUUGAGAAGCAGGUUUAAAACCACACAUUAAUAAAAGUUGGGCUGGAGAUCAGUGACAGCAGGAAAAACGCAGUCCCACAUUAAAGGCCGAGGGGAACCCUUUGAACUGCUUUGGAGGGUCUGUCCCAUCAUUCAUCCCUGCACUCCUGCCCUCCAGGAGAGGGAAGGCGCUGGGCUGGGUGGCUGGGCUCCCUCCCCUCCCUCUUCCCAGCCCCGCCCCCACGACAAGGGAUGAGGUAAUCUGGGAAGCCGCCGCGGCUGAAGUUAAAGCCCAGCCGCGGGAGCGAUUGGAGCAUCAGCCGGUUGCGCUGAAGCUGCGGCUCGUGUUGGUGCUUCGGAUCUCCGACGGAGGAGCCAUGACGGACCGCUGCAGCCUCUGGAGCGCCCUUUCUGCAGCCGCCUGCUGCUUCUACCGGGGGUCUUUCAUGCAAGUGCAGUUCUCCAAGGAGAAAUAUAUCCUUGACUCAUCACCAGAGAAGCUUCACAAAGAGUUGGAAGAAGAGCUCAAACUCAGCAGCACAGACCUCCGCAGCCACGCCUGGUACCAUGGGCGUAUCCCCCGAGAGGUGUCUGAGAGCCUGAUUCAGAGAAACGGGGACUUCCUGAUACGCGACUCACUCACCAGCCUUGGGGAUUAUGUGCUGACCUGCCGUUGGCGGAAUGAGCCCCUCCACUUCAAGAUCAACAAGGUGAUGGUGAAGUCCAGCGAAGGCCGCACUCACAUCCAGUACCUCUUUGAGCAGGAGAGCUUUGACAAUGUGCCAGCCUUGGUGCGCUUCUAUGUGGGCAACCGCAAGCCAAUCUCUGAGCAAAGCGGUGCCAUCUUCUACUGCCCCAUCAACCGCACCUUCCCGUUGCGCUACUUGGAGGCCAGCUAUGGACUUUCCAACGGGAAGCACAGCGGCUCCCACAGCCACUCCGGUCAGAAAGGGGGGCACAUCAAACGGAGGAGCAUUACCAUGACUGACGGAUUGACGGCUGACAAGAUCACAAGGGGUGAUGGGUGCCCAACCAGCGUCUCCUUGCCACAUCACCGAGACAUCAUCCGGAAUUGUGCGGUCAGUGUGGAUCAAAUCCAAGACCUCCACUCUUCAAUGUCUCCCAUCUCUGAGAGCCCUGCAACUGCAGCCUACAGCACAGUUACUCGGCUAAAACCACAGACUGGCCAAACCGGCAGUGGCAUAACCCCGUCAUCCCCAGUCAUAAGACGCUCCAGUGAACCACAGCUGUGCCAAGGAAAUGGUAGCAAGGCCGAUCAGUCCGACAGCCCCCACUCUACCCCUUCCCAUGGCUACUCAAGGGCCUCUCCUUCUCCCUCGGUCAGCAGCUAUAGUGAUCCGGACACAGGACAUUACUGCCAGCUGCACCCUCCAUCCCCAGUUCAGUGGGACAGGCCAACUGCAGAGGGGAAGCAGAUGCCAGCCAAGAGCUACGUCGAGAGGCUAAAAGGGGACGAGGGCCAGAGGGGGCUUGCUCUGAAUGGUUCCGAUGUGGAGGUGGGGCCCAGGAAGAGGCUGGACCUGAACACUGUGGGCUUUGUUGUCCCUGUUGUGGAAAGGACCUCCUCCUUCAACCCAGCUAUCUUCCAGUCGCUCCUUAUCCCUCUGGAAAAUAAGCCUCUGGAAAUGGCAGUGCUCAAGAAGGUCAAGGAACUCCUAGCAGAAGUGGACGCCAAGACUCUGGCCAAACAUAUCACCCAAGUGGAUUGCCUGGUUGCUAGGAUACUGGGCGUUACCAAGGAGAUGCAGAGGCUCAUGGGAGUGAGCUCAGGGAUGGAGCUGCUCACCCUGCCCCACGGACAUCAACUUCGGCUCGAUUUGUUGGAAAGGUUCCACACCAUGACCAUAAUGAUUGCUGUGGAUAUUCUGGGCUGCACAGGAAGCAUGGAAGAGAGGGCCUCCCUUCUUCACAAGACCAUCCAGCUGGCUGCUGAGCUGAAGAGUACCAUGGGCAACAUGUUCAGUUUUGCUGCCGUGAUGGAUGCGCUUGAAAUGACCCAGAUCUCACGUCUGGAGCAGACCUGGAUGGUUCUUCGCCAGCGUCACACGGAGGGAGCUAUUCUCUAUGAGAAGAAGCUGAAGCCUUUCCUUAAAAGCCUGAAUGAAGGCAAAGAAGGCCCCCCAUUGUCCAACACUACCUUCCCACACAUAGUGCCCCUCAUCACACUUCUGGAACGGGACGCAGCAGUUCCAGAAAACCCCGAGCCCUGGGAAAACUUGGACAGUGGUGUGGAGGUAGUCAUGGCCCACCUGGAAGCAGCGCGAAUGGUGGCUCAUCAUGGCGGACUGUACCACACCAAUGCAGAGAUGAAGCUGCAGGGCUUCCAGCCUCAGCCAGAGCUGCUUGAGAUCUUCAGCACAGAGUUCCAGCUGCGCCUUCUGUGGGGCAGCCGAGGGGCCGAGAGCAGCCAGAGCGAGCGCUACGAGAAGUUCAACAAGGUUCUAACAGCAUUGUCCCACAAACUGGAACCGGCAGUGCGAUCUAGUGAGCUAUAGCCCAACAAUGUGAGCUCUGGGCACAAACAGCAAGGGAAGAGCAGGUUGCAGAAAGCUGCUUGCACAUUCCUCUCUACAUCAGCCUUGGUAGGGUGUUGCCAUUGUGGGAAGUAAAUCUCAGGCUGGGCAUGGGGAAGCCCUGUGGUUAGUUUCUGCCCAUAAAAGCGUCUUAAGAACAAAGUAGCCAAGUCAGAAGUUGGCUGUAGUAAAAGGGCCUUUUCCUGCAUGAAUUACUGACAAUCAACAUACAAACUGUAUAGGGCUGGCUUCCUCCUUUUAAAGGCUGGCAGUAACAUGGCUCCUCCCAGCUACCACAGGCGCCUUCUCAAGCAGUGUAUGAAGGAUGCUUUGCUCAGAUUGGUUUAAUGGCCAGAGUAAAUAGCAUUUAAGGCCUAUAGCACGGUUCAUGGCUGGUUCAAAAACUCAUCAGUAUGAGGUAGAACCUUGCAUCAACUUUGCACUUGGUCAAAACUGACCUUUACACCUCACAAUUGCAUUUGAGUCCAGUGCAGAAAUCUGGUCCCCUUGCUACCUUGCUGUUGAAGUAUAAUCUAGAAUGGCCAGUCUCUCAUCAGCUCUUUAUUUUGUCCUCCAUCAAAAUUAAUGAAGGCAAAAAAGGGCCCUGGCGUAUCCAGUCAGUGCUGACUCCCUAUUUUGAAUGUUCACAGCUGUUCCUGGGUCCAGUAAGUUAAGCACGGGGUUUCUUCAGGGCCACAACCCCAGGUAUUUAGCAAAUUAGGGCCUUAGGGGGGGUUUAAUUACACAUAAAGAGGAACACAUGGCUGCUGCUAACCGUCAUCCCGUCCACCACUCCCCAACAUUUGGUAAAAGCAACUAGUGAUAUGUCCUUACAUUCAGCAUUCCUCAUGUGUAGACAGACCCUCACACAUGCCUCUCUCCCCUGAAGCUUAUAAUAUGCCUGAGUCCCCAUUUCCACCUUUUAACAUCUUAAAAUUUUGUUUUAUUUGGCUUUGCUUCAGGGUUUGUUUGGUUUGGGGCCUUUUUCUGCUUGUAAAUAAAAAGAUCCACAUUGGGAGUGUGUGUGUAUUUGUAUUCAAAAGGGACAUCUUGUAAAUAAUUACGUGCCUCUUUAUUUUUUUUCUUGUAAAUUAAUGUACAUAUACCAUGGAGUGUCUUCUCUUGAUUUUUGCAUACAAUAAACUUUUAUGCUUUUUUUCUUCAAGAAAUUUUCUUUGGUAGAUUUUUUUCAAAAUAUUUUAUUUCUUUUAUUAUGUUUUUAAAUGGCACUUCUGUACUCAAGUGCCCAUAAGCAACUUACACAGUAAAAAAAAUUAAAAGACAUUUUAAAAAUAACAGCAACACACAAAUGAGUAUUUCUCAUCUGACAAUGUAUUUAAUUUGAACAAGUCCAACACAUCCUGCUUAAAAGAUGAGUACAACUAAGUCCACUGACCUAUCUAACCACCCUCCCAAUUUAAAACCAUAUGCCUGAGUAAAUAGGAAAUGUUUUGCCUGGUGCCUUAAAACAGCGGUGGUACCAGGUGAGAUUGGUGUAGCAUUUUGUAUUAGGACCAAGUUCAUAACACUGCCCAACCAUUAGUGAACUUGGGCCCGUUGCUAUUCUCUCAGCUUAACCUUCUUCACGAGACCAUUGUGUGGACAAGCAAAUGCAGCAAUGGCUCUGCCACUCCAUAGAGGCUGGAGGGAAUAAGGUUAGAAUGUUGCUCCCUGCUAUUUCUACAUGAGCAUUUGAUCUCAAACCCUUGGUGAAUGAGGGACUUUCCCCGCAUGCGAAGACAGGCUCUGGUGGAGACCAACCGUGGGUCCAACGGUCAAGAAAGUGGUUUCUGAAUGUGCUGUAGAGAAAAGUGAGGGGCAAAUGGGGCUCAACAACCUGAGAAGGUAGCCCAUCCGGGAGAAGGAGGAAAACUCUGAUCCUAAGCCUCCACUGCCUUGUGGGAUAUCUUUGGGAGAAGAAAAGCCUAAGGAGUAAACUCUGCAUAAAUCUAGAGUGAAAUUGGUAAGAUAUUUAGAUGGUGCCUUGUAUGCCUCCUUCCCUCAACUGCUGCAGCCAAGCUGGUGCCAAACAUUGCUCUGCUUUCCUUUGGACCACAUCAGCAAGGCCAAAGGUCUUGUCGUAUCAAGGUCUUGUCAUAUCGACAGCCCACUGCCUCCAUACAUACUGCCCUGGCUUGCACCAUGGGGAAGUUAUUUUGGUGCUGCUAACAGCAGUUUGACCACCCCCAGAAGAGAGGGUUUUUUUUAAACCUCAGAACUGCAAUUCAUUAUUUGCCAAUUGGUGGCAGUGUUCUCUUAGUUUUCUCCCCAUAUACGGUAGUUUUCAAAGGCAGAUUUUUGAGUAGAAUGUUUGUUUGUUUUUUAGGAUGGAGGAAAUUUAAAAGAGGAACGAUUUUCCAGAUUGUCCAUCCCAAUACAAAUUUCAUGCAGUGUAAUAGGAGGCUAAAAAUAGUAUUAGACAUGAAGUAACGGAAUGUAUUGAGCUAAGAUAUGAAAACAGAAGAAUAAAGUAGCAAUAUUAGUUUUUGUACAAAAUAUGUACCCAGAAGCAUCUGUGGUUUUGGAAGGUGACUUUAUGCCAGACUAUGCUGGCUGUUUACUGUAAUAAAUAUUGAUUGAUUGAUGCCAGACUGGGUCCCAAUGAUUAAGUGAUUUAUAACUAUUUUGGUGAAUAUCUCAUCUAUAAAUGGUAAACGGAUUUGGUGAUAUUGAAUGUGGGAGGGGGAGCAUUGAGGGAGAUAAAUAUGGUGAAUUCACAUUUACAUCUGGCAUGGGGGCAUCAACAAUCGACCACAUAAUGGUAUCUCAUAAUCUAUUAAAUCUGAUGCCAAGUUUUAAGAAGGCUGUAAGUCCAGAAAGUGACCACUUUCCUUUAAUUGUAAUCUUAAAUAUUAAGGUGCAAGGUUUAUAUGCUGACUGUGAACCAGGGUUAAGAUUGGAGGCUGGUUUAAAAUUUGCUUGUGUCGAUGGGACUGCUAAAUUAGAGCAGGCUUCAUUCCAUCUCGUAUACUCAGAAAUCUGCCUCAUUUUAAGAGACUCCCUGCUAUCUGUAAGAUCGCCAGAAUAUGUUUUACAUUAAUAUCAGAACC